CGUGUUUCAACAUCUUCAGCUAGGAGAACAUUCAACUUUACAUACCUCAUACAACCGACGCUAACAUCGAACCGUAUCUUCCUUCCUUUUUUCUUCUUCUUCCACGUCGAGAUACUUGGCGGCGUUGUGUUAUUUUUUACAGUCCCUCUUUGUUACUAUUUCCAUUCUUUAGCCCCAUAGUUGGAAUUGGAAAAGCCACCGACGUUAGGUAUUGGUUACCUUAUUACCUUAUUAAUUAGAUACGAGAACAAAUCAGGGGCAGGACCAAAGCAAGCCUAACAUACAAUUUUGACCUUAUCUUUCAUUAAUACAAUGCGAUAAUUUCCAAGGGACUAGACCACAGACCACAGACCACAGACCAGAUCACAGACCCGACCCUCUUAAUCCACAUACAUCACACAUACAUCAUAUCUGCUAGCAUCCGCCCAGCCAUGCCUCCAAGUCGCCCGGCUACGACCGGCUACGAACGCCUGGCCCAGGCUGAUCAGUUUAGCGACGACGAUUCCGAAGAUGAUCCCUUAGCCCAGAGCUCCGCAUCGCUUCAACCUCAAUCUGCUCCCCGCUAUGCGCCCCUCGCACAACCGAGGCCUCACUCGGGCAUGACGUCGCCAAAGGGGCUCACGAAACUCAAAUAUCAAACAAGGCGAAGGCGAAGCAACUCGGGUGUCGACCUCAAAGCUAUCAACGCUCGUCUAGAACGAUGGGCCGACGAAAUCGCAUCAAAGUUCAAAAGGGGGAAGGGGAGGGACAAUUUAGGUGAAGAGGAGCGUCUCGAAAUUCAUUACAGCGUCUUUCAACCCCCUCAAGGUGUCCGACCCGCGACCCCCGAGACGCUUGCCACCAUGCCCGAGCCCGCCAUGUCCAAGGCCGAAUUCGAAGCUAUCGUCGAGAGCGUGCAAGUCGCCAUCGACCAAGGUAUGCAUCCGAGUUUGAUUACCCAAGGUAGCUCGGGGAGUUAUUUUGCGCGGAAUACCGACGGUAAGAUUGUUGGUGUGUUCAAGCCCAAGGAUGAAGAACCCUACGCUGCCGGAAACCCCAAGUGGAACAAAUGGAUUCAUCGAAAUUUAUUUCCUUGUUGUUUUGGCCGAGCAUGUCUAAUACCCAAUCUCUCGUACGUGAGCGAGGCAGCAGCGUACGUUCUUGAUUGCCAACUCCGCACCCACAUAGUCCCUUAUACCGAUGUUAUUUGGCUAUCAUCCAAGUCGUUUCACUAUCCGUAUUGGGACCGCCGGAGCUUUUACAGGAAAGGGAAGCCUCUUCCAGCAAAGCCAGGUAGUUUUCAGGUAUUCCUUAAGGGGUUUAAAGAUGCCAACGUCUUCCUAAGGGAAAACCCUUGGCCGGACCAGUAUUGGUCUAGCUUCCGCUCAAACGACACUCACCGACAUAAGCAAAGAAGAUGGGCAGAAAAUUGUCGACCGUCUAGUAGAGCACCUCGUGAUGCCGACAGUGAGAGCGAAGACGAACGCAAUGGCCCUGAACAACAACCUCUUGGACCCGGCAACUUUAGGUGGACCGAGUCGCUAAAGCAGUCGUUCCGGGAAGAGCUCGAAAAGCUUGUCAUCUUAGAUUACAUCAUGCGGAAUACGGAUAGAGGUCUCGACAACUGGAUGGUAAAAGUUGAUUGGGAAACCCAAGCAGUCUCGAUUACUUCCGAACCUCCACAACUUAACAUGGAUGUAGGAGAAGAAGACGACGAACAACAACCUGCAAGACCUGUUCAAUUACCAGCGAGGGGAAACUCGAGGAGUCCUAACCCCUAUAAAGCCCAAAAACCUAUGAAUGCAACGGGCACAAGCACGAGCAAGGUCCCCGAUCCUAAGAUCUCGCUCGGAGCGAUCGACAACUCAUUAUCAUGGCCAUGGAAACACCCGGACGCAUGGCGAAGUUUCCCCUUUGGUUGGCUCUUCCUCCCCGUUGAUCUUAUCGGGCGACCUUUCUCGCAGAAAACGCGGGAUCACUUCCUACCUCUUCUCACUUCUACCCAAUGGUGGAGCCAGACUUCGCUCGAACUACGAAAAGUUUUCCAAAUCGACCCCGAUUUUCAGGAGAAGAUGUUCUCCCGACAGAUGGCCGUAAUGAAGGGACAGGCUUGGAACGUGGUCGAAACGCUGAAGACCCCGGACCAUGGACCGCUAGAACUUACACGACGCGCUAGGGUAUGUGUUUGGGACGACUUGGUCGAAGUCCCCGUCGCCGUGCCCAUGCGCGCCACAUCGUCCGAAGCGCGUCGUAGGGCCGAACCCGAGGCCCACAGCACUAUCGAGGAGGAAAUGGACAUCGGCGCGGCCAACUCAUCAGCACCUGCCAGUACCGUUGACGAUCUACUUGGGUUCUCUAGUCCGCUACCGAAUCCCGGGCGUUUCGAACUCGCGAGCUCCCACGAGCAAUCUCCAGAACGAGCCGAUCCCCAGAACCCGUUCGACGCCUUGUCAUCAAGUACCCGUCCGCAACUAUCGCGUCCCCCGAGGUCAAGUUAUCAGGGUCCGUCGCGCACGCAGGUGAACACGUAUACACCUCGCAAGGAACGGCGGUCCUCCUUUGCGACGGGCACCAAUGGCAACUCGCUCGCCGCGAAGCUCCACGGCAACGGAAAUGCCUACGACGAGGACGACAUGGAAGGAGAUUUGGGGUACGCCGCGGCUGAAACGAUGGAUGGUAAUAGGCGGAAAGUGAUCGUGGAGCGGCUCGAGACCGUCAAGGCUAGGAAUCCGGUCUUCACUUGGUGCUAAGCGCUUGCCUACCUACCUAACCUAACCCAACGACAUCCAAAACGAUAAUGAGAACAGGAGAGGAGAGAGAAGGUCACAUGUUUAGUUUGUUCGUUCCCACAUACCUACACGCACAUACCUACCUACGUAUAUGUGUCUGUCCAUCAGUAAGUAUGUAUGUACAAUAGCAAUUCGACCCUGCUAGAGAAAGCAAAGCAAGUUUCUCGUAUUUGCUAUUGCCCGACGGCUCGGCGGAACGGAACGGAAUGGAAAAGAAAAGAGAAAAAAGGAAGAAGUAAGAAAUAAGGGCGCGCGUCUCAUCGUGGCAUGGACAGAGAGGGCACGGGUACGAAACGGGCAUUGAUUGAAUUGCAUGAUCUUAUAUGUAUGGGUAGACGGGGAACAGCCAUGGAUUGGUCAUCAUCACAAGUGGUCAUCAAAGUGUGUACAACAGCAAGGAGCACAGAGAGCACAGAGCACAGAGCACAGAGCACAGCGCAGCUUAGCAUAACAUAACAUGACAUUAGCAUAGCAUACAUAGCACGGCACAGCACGGCACGGCAGGCUACGAAAUCUAGAGCUUCUACGCGCUAUGGAGCCUACAUAUAAAUCGUAAG